AUGAUCCGCUCCAUUGAGAGAAGGCGUUGUGAGGUUAAAGAGAUAAUUAGAGCUCAGGAGAAGGCUGAGACUUUCCCGUCAGUCAGUGAGUCACCUGAGUAUAAAGACUUAUACUGCAACUAUGUGAACCAAGGCCUCUGUUUUGAGGCUGUGAAGAAAUCUGUUUCCUCACUAAAGGGGCAGCUGGAGAUCCUCUGCAAGGAGGAAGUCAUGAAGAUAUCUGCAGCAGAUUCCUGUCACUUCACACUGGAUCCCAACACAGCACACAGAAACCUCUUUAUGUCUGAGGGGAACAGGAGGGUGGAAAUGAGAAAUGAGAACCAGUCAUAUCCUGAUCAUCCAGAGAGAUUUGAUGGGUGGUGUCAGGUGCUGUGUAGAGAGGGUGUGUCUGGACGCUGCUACUGGGAGGUUGAAUGGAAUGGGAGUUGGGGGAUCCAUAUAGCAGUCGUAUAUAAAAGCAUCGUCAGGGAGAGAGGGCCUGAGAGUGAGUUUGGACAUAAUGAUCAGUCCUGGAGUCUGCGUUUCUCCGGCUUAAGCUCCAGCUCCUAUUUCUGGCACAAUAAUAAACAAACGAAGCUCCAUCUGUUGUGCAGCUCCAGAAUAGGAGUGUAUGUGAAUCGCAGGGCAGGAACUUUGGCUUUCUACAGUGUCUCUGACACAAUGACCCUCCUGCACAGAGUCCAGACCACAUUUACUCACACUCUCUACCCUGGGUUUGUGGUUGGCUAUCAAUCAUCAAUGAAGCUGCUGUGACUGACAUAUCUAGAUGCUGUUAGCACAUACAUCUCACACAUCACAUCAUUUAACACAUCACUUACACUUACGUAUGGAUCUUGCAGCUGGGGCUGAGAAUCUUUAAUCUUGGGGACAACAACAGACUGAAGCCAUUCCCUCAUCUCUGGACCCCAGCUAUCACAAUAUCUGUACUUCUAGACCUCUGCCGUAACACAUGCAGUAUCACCACAGCAGAAAUAAGCCAUUGUGUGAGAAAGAUGUUAUGAGCUCUGUGUUGCAUAACCUCACUCUCCCAAUUGUUUUAGUCCCUCUGUUAUUGCAUACACGUUCUGAUUCCUGGUUUUAUAUGACAACCACAAUAUUACGUACCAUGGCAAUGAAUCUUAAUGAGACAGUGUUUAUCCAAC